AUGGCGGAGAUCAGCGGGCGGCGGCGGCUGACGCGGCUCCGCACGCUGGGGCGGGGCGCGUCGGGCGCCGUGGUGUCGCUCUUCGCGGCGGACGGCGGCGCCGGCGAGGACGAGCAGUCCCUGCUCGCGGUGAAGUCGGCGGGGGCGGCAUCCGCUCAAGCGCAGCUGCGGCGCGAGGGGGGCAUCCUCGCCUCCCUCUGCUCCCCCUACGUGCUCCCCUGCCUCGGCUCCCGCGCCGCGGCCGGCGGCGGCGAGUACCAGCUCUUCCUCGAGUUCGCCCCCGGCGGCUCGCUCGCCGACGAGGUGGAGCGGAACGGGGGCCGCCUCGAGGAGGGCGCCGUACGGUCCUACGCGGCGGACGUCGCCAGGGGCCUCGCGUACCUCCACGGCGAGUCCAUGGUGCACGGCGACGUCAAGGGCCGCAACGUGGUCAUCGGGGCCGACGGCUGGGCCAAGCUCGCCGACUUCGGCUGCGCGAGGAGCGUCGGCUCCGCGGCGCCGAUCGGCGGCACACCGGCGUUCAUGGCGCCAGAGGUCGUGCGCGGGGAGGAGCAGGGCCCUGCCGCCGACGUCUGGGCGCUGGGGUGCACCGUCAUCGAGAUGGCCACCGGCCGCGCGCCCUGGAGCGGCGUGGACGACGUGUUCGCCGCGGUGCGCCUGAUCGGGUACACGGACGCCGUGCCGGAGUCGCCCGAGCAAUUUUCGGCAGAGGCCAAGGAUUUCCUGGACAAAUGCCUCAGGCGGCGCGCCGUCGACAGGUGGACGGCCGCGCAGCUGCUGGAGCACCCUUUCCUUGCGUUCGCCGGCUGCGGCGGCGAUGUCGAGGCCAAGUGGGUCUCUCCCAAGAGCACACUCGACGCCGCAAUGUGGGAAUCGGACGGCGAGGAGGACGACAAUGUACCGGAUUUCACGGCCGAGGAGGAGAACGAGGUGCCGGAUUUCACGGCCGAGAGGAUGAAGGCACUGGCGGCAUCCUACUCGGUGUUGCCGGACUGGGAGUCGGAUGACGGCUGGAUCGAUGUCUUGAGCGGCCAAUCUGAACAUUACGAAGCCGUGGUUGAGGAGACGCCGGCCGAUCUGUCCUGCAGUGAAGCUCCCGAUUCGCCGGCGGCCGCAUCGACCGAGGAAGCGACGUCAGAUCGUUGUUCUUGGGAUGAAGCAUUAGAAGCAGAGAAAGGAGUAGAAGAAGAUCGAGUCGUUGGUGCUGCCGUUCCGGUGGCCGCGGCGCCGUCUGGAGAGACGGCGUACGAUUACGAUGCAAGAUUAUUGGAAGGAGGAUUAUUGCUAGAAGCAGAAACUGAAGCCGCAGCUUUCUCCGCCGGCGCGUGUGUCGGCGACGAGCUCGUCGUGCGCAAUGUAGUAGUAGCCGAUAAUGAAGCCUUAGUGAAUCAGCAACAGACAGAUGAUUAUUUGGAAUUCAUUAGCAAUCCAAUUGUAGUUUGUGUAGAUAAAUGUGACGAGGAAGAAAUAGUUAACUCAUUGGCAAUGCCAGAUUUCAUCUAUCUCUGUUUCUCCUCUGCUUGGUCACCUUUUGCACUUUUUUUUUACAACUGCAAUCAUAUAUCUGAACAUUUCGUCUGA